AUGGCCGACCCAUUCCUCAAAGAGCCCAAGCGGAAGCGGCGGGACGUGCGUGACCCGUCGUCGUCACGAGCCAAGCGCAGCCGCUCCACCAAGGCUGCGCCCGCCCGAGCGUUGCCUGACGAUGAGAUUCUGCUGGCCAGCGACGACGACGGCGAUACUCCCGAUGCCGCCGACGUUGACGACGUUCCUGACGACCAGCUUGAAUCCGACGAAGAGUUUGCCGGCGAGCUGGCCACCGAUAAGCGGCGGCGGUUGGCGCAGCAGUACUUGGACAACUUGACCGGCCACGACCACGACGGCACCGACUUCGACGCCGCCGACCUCGACCGCGAGUUGAUCGCCCAGAGAUUGCAGACCGACGUUGCCGAACAGAAAGGGUAUGUGUACAAGUUUAUCGGCGAUAAGAUUGCGGCGCAGUUGGGCGAAGUGCCGGCGAAGACGACGAGAAUGGGGUGCCGCGCCCCCACCGGGGUGGCUGCCUCGGGCAAUGCUGUAUACGUGGUGCUGAAAGACGGCCAACUCGUCAAGUAUACUCACAAGGGCAACCAGGGAAAGCUUGUGAGAGUUAAGCACACCUCGGUGCGCCAGGCGUGCGCCCAAGACGAAACCUUAAGCUAUAACACUGAGCUCACGUGUGUGGCGGCGCUGCCAAAGUUUGUCGUCACUGGCACUCAAGACGGCCACUUAAUCAUCUGGCUGUCGGAUCUGAUGACGUGUUUGAAGGUGCUUAGGACUCGGGGCGCCGUCCUCGCCAUCACCUUCCGCCGCGGCUCCGACCAGCUCUACGCCGCCUGUCUGGACUUAAAGAUCCGAACCUACUCGAUUAACCAGUUCCAGCAACUCGAAAUCCUUUACGGCCACCAGGACCAGAUCACCGAUAUCUGUGCUCUAGCCAGAGAGACGUGUGUGCUGGUGGGGGCUCGCGACAAGAGCGCCAACUACUGGAAGAUCGCCGAGGAGCUGCGGCUCACCUUCAGAGGCGGGGACAACCCCAAGAAGUUGCUGGUGACCGAGGAUUACUUUGAAGGGCUGCUUGACUGUGUGCUGAUGAACGACGAGACCCAUUUCGUCACCGGGAGCGAUAACGGCAACGUGCUGUUGUGGUCGCUUUCGAAGAAGAAGCCGUUGUUCACGGCAAGAUUAGCUCAUGGCGUCGAGCCGCAAAUGACCACGUUAGAAGCCACUGCUGAGCGUGACGCUGCCGAAACCGAUAUCCCUCGACCCCAGCCGUACUGGAUCACCGCGGUGCACGCCAUCCCGUAUUCCGAUGUGUUUUUCACUGGGUCGUACCUGGGCCAAGUGAAAGUAUGGAAAUUGGACCAGGAACUGCAAUUGCGUAAGUUCGAGCUCAUUGGCGAAGUGCAAGUGAGAGGGUGUGUGGUGCUGAUCACGCUGGAAGAGCUUGGCGACGGCAAAGUGGCGGUGAUGAUAUUGACGCUGAAGGAGCACCGGUUGGGCAGCUGGCUUCUGGAUAAGAUCGAGGGGCGCAACGCGGUGGUGACGAUGGUGUUUGAUGCAUAG